GCUACGUCUGCCUACCGUGUCCGCGACGCCCGCUCCAUACAAAGAACGCCUCAGUAUUGUAAAAAAUCUGUGAUGUAUUGAUUAAUUCCAACGUUUUUCAAACACAAAAAGCAUCCCCGUACAAAAUCGGACGCGUUUCGGUCGUAACAAUAACAGUUUCAGUGAUUAUUUUGUGCUUUCGAAGGGGCCACGUCCCAUGAAAUUCCACAUUUAUCGACGGAUAGAAUCUUGUGUGUGGGGCGAACAUGGUGGACAACACAGUGAUGAGUGAAAACUUUUAUGUUGUGUUAUAAAACGGAUGGUUUUAUGAACGUGAUUAUAAAUAAAGUUCGUAUCUAAAUAUGGAUCGGUAUGUGGAGAGUGCGUAGAUAGAAGUGCCUACCUGUGUUUGGAUAUGCGAAUGUAAUUUACAGAGUUCAGAAUGGUGGCGUACGGUUACUUUGGUUUGCGGCAGACGCCUUGGACAGUGUUAGUCCUAAUUUUCUUCAUCGAAAGCGUCAUGGGGAACUACGCUAAGUCCUUUUACAUACACUGGAACACAACCAACAGUAUAUUCAGAAUAGACAACACCGACCACGUAUUCGACUUGAAUAAAGGCAAUGCACAGUUCGAAUACGACCAAGUGAAUAUAAUAUGUCCAGUGUACGCUCCAGGCACGUACGAGGAAGACACGGAAAAGUACAUAAUAUACAACGUUAGCAAAGAGGAAUAUGACUCGUGUAGGAUAACGAAUCCAAACCCUCGCAUAAUAGCGAUAUGCGACAAGCCGCACAAAUUGAUGUUUUUCACGAUAACAUUCAGACCGUUCACGCCUCAGCCGGGCGGGCUGGAGUUCCUGCCCGGGAAGGACUAUUACUUCAUAUCGACGUCCAGCAAGGACGACCUGCACCGGCGCAUCGGCGGCCGGUGCCUCAGCCACAAUAUGAAGCUGGUGUUCCGCGUGUGCUGCAAGCCGGAGGAGCAGUCUCCGGUGCCACCGGUGCAGCAGACGCCUCCACCGCCGCCGCCGCCGCCCACGUUCCCGCCCGUCACGACCACGACCACGACCGCGAAGCCGGUCACGAAGAAGACGCACAAGUACGAUAAGAGCCCCAACGAGGUCGUGAAGAGCGAGGAGCUGUCGUACUCGCGCGGCGCGGCCCUGGCCUCGUCGCUGGCUCUGGCCCUGGCCGCCACGGCCGUGCUGGCCCCGCUGGCUCGGUGAAUGUGCCUCCGGGCGGGCUCACGACCACGCCACGAAGCGAAGCCCGCGGACUCACAGACGUUACAAUACCUGCGACCGGACUCUCUAGUCUAUGCGUGAAUGUGAACUGUGAAUUGUGAACGAAAUAAGGAUUUCGAUUUAGUAAGUAGAGUGGUGCCGAAAUGUUGGACUGAUGCUAUUAUAUAUUUCCUAGUUGUCUCAAAAAGUUCCAUGACAAAUUUUUCUCUUAGUUUAAGGGACUGUGCGCCUAAUUUUUACUAUUAACGUCGGGCCUAUAAAGUAAUCGAACUAAAUCUUAGCAGUUACUGCUAUGUAGUUGCAACGUAAAUAUACAAACAUAUAUAUAAAUAUUAAAAAGUUACAUGUAUGAUAAUGGUAAUAUAGGUUUCUUAAACCGUUAGGAAUUAAAUUUUUUAUAUUUUCACUAAUGCAAUGAAGGAUAUUUGGAUAAGAAAUAGAAAUCGAUAACUGUUAGGGGAAGAUAUAAUUUAGAGGGUGUUAGGUUUUAAUUUAGUUGAAAAGACAAUUUUUUUUCUCUAUAUUUUUUUUUCCAUAAGACCUAACGCUUAGAAUUUAUUUAUACGAAAAUUUCGGACAAGAAAAACUUGUCUCGACGCACUGUGAUUUUUGGUUUUAUUUAGGAUGUAAUUUUUCGUCUAUGCUUUUUAUGUGAUAUCUAACUAAUGUAUUUAAAAAAGUGCAUUUCACCUCAAUUUCUCUCGACUGAUUUGUAAGCUUUUUUUAUUAAUUUUAUGCGAGCCAUUUUCGAAUCUUUUUUUUAAUCACACCUAAUGACGCUUAGUCAUUGAAUACUCAAUCUUUUUUGAGAUAAUAAUAUACUUUAUGGCGAUUUAAGUAAAAUCUUUGCCUCAAUAGUCUAAUUACCAUCUUUUUUCUCAAAUCGUUUGUCUGUGUGAUGAUGUUUACUAUGUCCAAAUGAAAAGACGAUCAUAUAAAAAAGAAAAAAAUAACGUCAAGACUGAUGUGCCAGUGCUCUAUCAGCGAAAAAAAAAGUUAUGAUCCCCAAAAUGGCACAGAUUACAAAAUAAUAUUGCCAGUUACAAUAAUUCGAUUGGAAACAAGUAAAAAUCAUUGCACAGACGAUUUAAGCACAUGCGUGCCAUCGUACUUUUAUGAAAUAGUCAAAAUAGUCAAGUAGUUGAAAUAGACCGGUUUUCAGUUAGACAUAUGCAUUUAGUGACAGUCUAUAUUUUUAAAUAGUACUUAAGGUUCAACAUUUGAGUUUCAUAUUGUAUUUAACUGCACAGAAAACCAAUUUACUCGAGUAAUCGCCUUAGAAGAUAACAUUGUCGUAAUACGAUGCAUAAACAUAAAGUUGCUUACCUAGUUAUAUUAAAACGCAUUAUACAUGGUAAUAUGAAAAUCCUCUUAAAUGUUGAAAUACUACCCGUUUUCAUAAAGCAAUACCGGUUAACAUGUCUGGGAUGAAUUUUAUACAGCACUAGUGGUCCGCCCCGGCUUCGCCCGUGGUACAUAUUUCACAAUAAAAGGUAGCCUAUGUCCUUU